AGCUGAAGCGGGGCAUAUCUAGAUUGAGCCGGGCAUUGCCGCAAGAUUUGGCGAUAUCGAACUAUCCCAAGCAUCAAAUCGCCAGGUUCCAAUUAAAUCUUACGACACCACAGUAAAACUUACGAUCGAAUACACGAAUUUGUUCUCUUAGUUACUCAACCAAUUGUAUCGGUAUAAAGAGAGCCUCUCGGCUCCGAGUGUAUUGCACGAUGUCGAAACGACAGGUCGGUCGGAUUAUCCUAGCACGGCCACAACUUCCCAGAGCUCGUUGCUCUCCUCUUCGACAACACUACACAUCCGGCGCGAAUAGGUCUAGUAGCUGGCGCUGGGCCAACAUAGCUACAAUUGCUGCUAUUUCGGUAUCAGGUUUAGUCUGCGCAAUGACGCUCCAGAAACCGGUUAAAUUCGAUGCGCGCUCACUCGCCGAGCUCGACGAGCGGACGAAACGAGAAAAAGGCGUUGACGAAAACUCACCAAUGCGUUUGCGCAUGGAACAAUUCAUUCGCGAACAACAAAAGGCCAUCGUAUUCGAGUUGGAAAAGCUAGACGGCAAGAGCUUCCGCGAGGACACGUGGGCUAGAGAGAAGGGUGGUGGCGGUAUUUCUUGCGUUUUGCAAGAGGGAAACGUGUUCGAAAAAGCUGGUGUGAAUAUCAGUGUCGUGUACGGAACAUUACCGAAGCCUGCGAUCGCGAAGAUGAGAGUCAACCACAAAAAUAUUGCGGAACAAGACGAGAUGGAUUUCUACGCGCUGGGAUUAAGUAUGGUCCUCCACCCCAACAAUCCCAUGGCACCAACCGUCCAUUUGAAUUACCGGUAUUUCGAGACGAUGCGACCGGAUGGUACUUCGCAAGCUUGGUGGUUUGGUGGAGGUAGCGACUUAACGCCAAGCUAUUUGUUCGACGAAGACGCGGUACACUUCCACAAAACGUUGAAAGAUGCUUGUGACAAGCACAACAAGGAUUAUUACCCUAGAUUCAAGAAGUGGUGCGACGAAUAUUUUUGUAAUGCCCACCGGGGCGAAUCUAGGGGUGUGGGUGGCAUUUUCUUUGACGAUUUGGAUGAAACUGUGGCCGAUGCCGACAAUUCAUUCGCAUUUAUCCAAGAUUGCUUAAAGAGUUUCUUACCUUCCUACAUGCCGAUUAUCGAAAGGCGAAAAGAUAUGCCAUUUACAGCAAAGGAGAAAGAAUGGCAACAGGUACGAAGAGGCAGAUAUGUUGAAUUCAAUUUAGUCCAUGAUCGGGGCACAGCGUUCGGAUUGAACGUCGCUGGUUCUAGAGUCGAGAGUAUUUUAAUGUCGCUUCCUUUAACGGCAUCUUGGCGAUAUAUGUACGAACCGGAACCGAGGAGUCGGGAACAGAGGCUUAUCGAAGUACUCAAGAAUCCUAAAGAAUGGGUCUAAUGAUUGUUUAUCUAAUGUAUUACGAUCAUGUAAUUUUAUAUCGGAAAGGCGCAAGAAAACGGAUCAUAUAAAAAACAUUUAGAGUUAGAUACCAUUCAUAUUAGAGGUA